CUCUGAGGAUCGAACUUGACAAUGCCAAGAUCCGAGCUACUAUCUCUAGCCGGGUUAAAUCCAACUCUUCUAUCGAAAAGUCUAUACAACGUCGCCAAACGGCUCAAGGACAAAGCUACCAUGAUCUGGAUGAGAUUUUCAAAGGCAUCCAUGACCUUGCGGGUCUUCGGAUUGUUGUGGAUUUCCCUCCUGGCAUACAAGCCGCCCAAGAACUUGUCCAAAGGCUAGAAGUAGUGGGCAAGAGUGAGAUUGCUUCAGAUCGAGACCUUAGCCUGGAAUGGAAGCCCCGCUUUGGAAGUUUCGAGAGUAUGAAUUACCGUGUCAAGAUUCACCCUACGCCAGACCAUGCCCUGUACAUCUAUCGGGAUGUCUUGAUUGAAAUCCAAGUCCUCAGCCUCGCAGAAAGUCUUUACAACAAACUAGCACAUCCUUUAGUUUAUAAGAAAACAUCCAGGGAGCAGCUGUCUAUCAAAGAUCAAAAGCUCAUUGACGUGUCUCAUGGGUUGUCUCUCUGUUAUUGGAUCUGUCUCUCAAGCAUGCAAGACCAGUUAGAAGGACCGGAAAUGCCGGAGGCAGUGCGAAAGAUUGGCGCUGGAGGAGAUGAUGUUGAGAUUGAACACGGCAUGGCGGAGGUUGUCCAUGCCACACCACGUAUGCCGACAUCAGAGGGAACCAUUUCAACCACUGCCUUGUUGGACUUCAUCCGCGAGAGCCAAACAAAACAGUCUAAGUCAUUCGAAGAGCUUCUUGGCAAUCUUCUUCAACUAGCCAAGCAUGCAGCCCCGACAACCGUCAACAAUUUUAGCUCCGGGCAUACAAGCAAUAACUUCGGGAAUAUCAGUAACUCUUGGAAUCCAAGUUCUAGUAGCGCAUAUGUCAAAGCACUGUUCAUUACCGACCCUCGAGUCGACAAGGACGAGAUCCAGGACGAGAAGGUUGGCUUACUCAAGGAGUCAUCUGACUGGAUCCUUGAACACGACGAUUUCAAGGACUGGGACCGCGGUGAUACGUCAAGCCUCCUUUGGAUCAACGGCGAGCCUGGAAAGGGCAAGACAAUGCUGAUGUGUCGCAUCGUUGAUGAGUUGAGUUCUAGAACAAAUUUAUCAUAUUUCUUCUGCAAGGCGAACGAGCCGAACGCAAACAACGUCACGUCAGUCUUACGAGGCUUGAUGUACUUGCUAAUCCAACAAGACGAUGUGGCAAUGAGCUGUUUUGAAAGGGAAUGUCAAAGAUAUGGGACGCAGUACUUCGAGAACAAGUCAUUCACGCUAUCCCAAUUAAGAAGAAUUCUCCAACCUGUACUCGCGGCUCUCAGUCCCCGGCAUGUCUACCUUGCAGUUGAUGCCCUUGAUGAAUGCGUGGAAGGACAAAGACUCCUCCUGGAAAUUAUCUCAGAUAACUCUCAGUCACAACACGUAAGAUGGAUUGUUUCGAGCAGGAAUAAGCCUCUUAUCACAGAGCAUCUAGAGAGACCCUCAACAUGUAUCAGCCUGGAACAAAAUGAGAUUUCUGUCUCUGCAGCGGUCGUCGAAUACAUUAAGCACAAAACGACAGCUCUCUUUGAACUGAAGCGAUACGAGGAGAAAAUGAUGCAAAGUGUUAUGAACAUCUUGUCCUCGAAGGCCCAAAGCACUUUUCUAUGGGUGUCUUUAGCUUGCCAGAUGCUUGCAGAUAGGGAGAGCUUCGAUCCCGUGGGUGUGCUUGAUGAUUUCCCUUCUGGGCUUGACUCCCUUUAUAGCAUGAUGCUGAAAGAAAUCCGAUCGACCAGGUCCUGCGAUCUCUAUCAGCAGAUCAUAAAUGUCGUUCUGACAGUACUCCGGCCGGUCUCACUACACGAACUCCAGUUGCUGGCCCCACUGUUUCCUAAGGGAUUGCGAGACGACAAGAUGACUGAAGUUAUACGAUAUUGCGGUUGCUUUCUCAGUGUGCGAGAUUCUUUUGUUCAUUUUGUGCACGAAUCCGCCAAGGAUUUUCUCUUGAACCCCAAUUAUGGUUUUGAUUAUGUUGCGGAGCAGCAACAUUAUGAAAUACUGAUGUCUUCACUCACGGUUAUGUCCACAUUACAUCUCACAAACGACUUCAAAUCUGUGAAGUACCCUUGCACCCAAUGGGCGUUUCACAUCUCUCACUGCAACCUUGAGGCACAAACUCGCGAGUUGAAAGAUGAAGGCCAUAUUGACGCGUUUCUACGGAAAAGUUAUCUUGAAUGGUUCAAGGCUUUAGGCUAUCUUCAUGCAGUGUCUGACGGGAUACUUUGUAUGCUUGAGUUGAGUCGCAGAAUUUCUGGACAGGUUUCGACUUUCGCUAGACUUAUACAGGAAGAGACCUCGUUUAUGCGAUAUCAUAAGGUUGGCAUUGAACGAUCUCCCAACGUAAUCUAUGGAGCGCUAGUUUUCAGUCCGUCAUCCAGCAUCGUUAGAAAGGUGUAUGGUGAAAAGGAACCAAAAUGGAUCACAAUGAAACCAAACGUGGAUGAUGUACCAACCCCGAUGCACUCACUCGAGGGGCACGGCACCUAUGAGGUUGUGGAUAUAUCUUUCUCUUAUGAUGGCCGCCUACUAGCAUCAGCGUCCAGUGAUCAAACAAUUCGUGUAUGGGAUGUGGCAACAGGGGUAUCAAUUCAUAUCCUGGAAGGUCACCAUGCCGUUGCGUGGUCGGUUGCCUUUUGUGGAUCGAACUAUCAACUUGCAUCCGCUUCCGAAGAGAUUGUUAUUAUAUGGGAUGGGGAGAAUGGGGCAAACAUGAAUUCGAUCCACAAUAGUGUGGGUGCGGUAGUAUCACCCUCAGUGGCGUUGUCCAAACGCGGAGACCUAGUUUGCGGCUCAGCAAAAGACGGAUUCAAACUUUGGAAUUCAGAAACUGGCACCUUGAUCCGAACAUUUCCACAGAGAUUCGACGAACCAAAGGGCAAUUCUGUAGCAAUUUCUGGGUGUGGCAAGUUCUUGGCGGGGGCACAUGCACGAAUCUUGCUCUGGAAUUUGGAAAGUGGAGAGCUGCUGUAUAAGUCUCGACCAUGUCAGGAAUUCAUGAUAUUUAGCCCAUCGCUCAAAUUCUCCGCAGAGAAUAAAUUAUGGGUUUUCGGAAAUUCACAAUUCUUUCUACUUGAUCCUGGCAAGAAAAAGAUUAUUUUGAAAGGGAGAACAAGAAAAAGGGGCCCUGACAACGAUUAUUAUAUACCUCCCGACAGUACGCUGGAUUGGGUGCAAAAUCAUGAUCGAUUUUUGAAUCUUAACCUCCUAGCUAUAGUCAGUGGUGCCGGAAUCGAGAUUUGGGACCUCAAUGUUCCUAUGUCUACGUCUAUUUCAGCCCAAGCACGAGACCCCUCGAAACUUCACCGUGUCUAUUUCUUUCCUAGUGGAAAUUUCAUUGUCUCAAACCCUGAUUAUCGGUCAUUUGCUAUUUGGCGAUUCAAAACCAAGAAGAUCACCAAAAAGAUUUAUCACGAAUGGACUCCAUCAUCCCGGUCACCUGUACUGGCAACGGACGGCAACAUAAUUGCUUAUAUCGAAAAAGGCAGGUUGAUGAUCAGAGACAUGAGUACAGGACUUAGAUACUGUCAGCUCGAAGAAAAACUUAGCAAGCGCGGUCAUGGAAAAUUUACAUUGGGCACCAUUUCUAGUGAUGGAAGAUGGAUUGCAUUGGGAACCCGGAAACACAUCCACGUUUACGAUAUUAAGAAGAAAGAGUACUGCCAACAUCUCAAAAAUUCUCGUGGCGCCAAGAAUACGGCGGUUGCAUUUUCUCAUAGCAGCCGACAGCUCGCAGUCAGCUUCACCGUUGGCUUCACCAACUUCAUCAACAUAUUGGACACUAAUUCCUGGACUAUAAGGGUAUUGGACAUUCCAAUUGAAUGGAUGUUUAACGAAUACGAUAGUGUCUCCUUAUUAUUUUCACGAGACGAUUCUUCACUAAUGUUUUCUUAUGACGAAGGCUUGACUCUAAAUCGAACAGAGAUCUACAUCUGGAAGCUGAUCGGGGCGCACGACCCUCUAAAACUAAGACUGGAUUCUUCCUGCAAGUUUCGGUACUUUGAUUCAGAAACGUCUGUUUUUACGACAAAUGUUGGUGUAUUUAAGUUCACGCAAACUGGUGCCCAUUCCAAGGGCUAUGCAAUUAGUCCGAACAUGCAAUGGGUUUUAUGGCGUAACAAACCUGUACUUUGGUUACCACCCGAAUUUCGACCACGGGAAGAACCUGGGGGCUAUGAGGUUCAUGAAGGUCACAAACUUAUCAUCGGCCUAGCCUCCGACCGUGUUUUGUUCCUUGGGUUCGAUCCUAUUGGGCCACCAGCAGAUUCAGGACAACCAUCAUUUCUGGUAGAACCAUGGGGGCACUUCACGAGAUCAAGCCGAGUCUCGUCGCCUGCGAAUAGUGAGACAGAUAAUGAUUAA